AUGGGAGGUGCAGAAAGUAAAAAGAAAGAAGCUGAAAUUUUACAACUUUUCGGUGUGGAAGAAAGGCAGAAUAUUCAUAAAUUAUUUCAACACAUUUCUCCAAAUCAGUCAAUCACAGAACCAUUUCUAAAGAAACAUAUAGAAAAGUUCUUAAAUCUCGACUUAGAUGUGUUCCAUGCUGUCUGUCAUUGUGGUAUAAAUAAAGGACAAGUUCAAGACAAGCAUGUAACAGAAGUACAGUUUGCCGGGUUCCUAGCUCAAUGUCUAAAGGGUACAUACUCUGAAAAAGCAGACGUUGUCUGCCUGUUGAGUGGGCGGGAUGAUGGCUUUGUUCCAGUGAGAAAAUUGUAUCAGACAGUGAACAAUGUUAUCAAAAGUUAUCUCCACAUUAGUAAGAGUGACGCCCCUUGUAAAACAUGGAAAUCUCAAGUAUCAUCAGAAGAUGUUUCUAGACUUUCUAUUUCAUUCCUUGCACUGAACAAAUUCUGUGACAUUGACAGGGGAGUAGAAGAGAAUAGCCAGAAUGAAAUUGAUGUUGGAGGAGGAUACAAGAGCCAAGAUGAAGUUGAAGACUGGCUAUCAAAGUGUCAUAUGUUCCUGAAGAUUUUUGACAGAGUCUUUUAUCAUCUGUUUCCUGUGAUAUCGAAAGACAGUGCACAUAAUAUAAUACAGUCAUUCAUGCCAGCAGCAUCUUAUGUAGAUUGGAAUAAAACUACCACAAUAUUAGAUACAUUAUCAAUCAGUUAUAUAAACUACCACCUUCCCAGAGAGCAUCAGUCAAUAUGGCGACUUCUAUAUAGCAACAGUCUCCAUGGUGACAGCUUCGCUCAGUUGACACGCUACGUUCUUGGCAAGGGGCCAAAU